AUGUCUUCCAGCAUUGAUAAACCUGCGGUGGAUUAUGAUGUGAAUAAGGUUACUGGUGGAGCCAGCGAACCUUUAAAAAUUCUUGCCGUUUCACCUAAUAAUACUCAUUCCGACUUGGCUAUUGCCAUAUCGAAUAUCACAACUGUUUCAAGAAUUGGUCUGGACCUUGCUAGUUUCAUGUCACAGUUUGCCUUGGGAACUGCAAAGAUAUCUACUAGCUUAGGAUUAGAUAUUGCAAGAACUAUGACCGGUGUCGUGUCUGAUAGGAUUGUCCAAGCAACUAACGGAAAUGGAGGAAUAAUUGAUGCUUCAACGACAUUAUUGCACCGCACACUAUCUUUAACAGAACAAAUCGCGCUAUCCGGUCUAGAAUUCACUUCCGAAACGGUGCAACUUGCCUUAGGAACUGCCACUGAAAGUAUGUCUUUAAUAGAUACUUUAUUUGGAACAACUGAUGCUGCAAAAGCUUUGGCCGAAUUCGUUCAACUUGUUAAACGUGAAUGGGAUUAUCUAUAUGAAACUGAUGAUAAACUCACUGAACCUGAUGAUUUCGGUGCUUUUAAGGUUGUUAAAGCCCUUACCGCCUGGGCUUGUCUACAAUACGUUACCAGCGAAAUAUUUGAAAGAAACACCGGUGGUUGGAAAAAAGUUAAAUUGAUCGGCUUAUGGGACAUUUGCAAUGAUUGGGUUCAUGUUAGUCAUGAUGAUGAUUUUUCUGUGUAUGAUGAAUUGGAAUCUUUAUGUAUUCAAGAAGAAGCUGAUGAUGAAAUGGUGAUCGUUGGUCAAAGUAAACCUUCUAAAUCAAAUAAUAUAGUUGUUGGUGAUCUAACUCCUCGUGAUGAAUUACCUGAUUUUAAAUUUACUUUGAAUGACGAAUACACAACAAACGCAACAAAAAGGUUAAGUGAUCUUUUCAUGGAAACUACGAAAAGAUAUAGUAAUCCUUACCUUCAAGAAUUCGAAACUCAAACUAAAAAAGAGAAAUUAUUCUCUCUUUUACAUAAUCUCAAGAGAUAUUCUAAAUUCUCUUCUUCUGCUUAUGAUUUUAAGAAUGCCAUAUUUGGAACAAUACCAUUACCUGUUCCUCGUUCAAAAGAAAAGGGUCGAUACCAUCGGUUUAAUUUUGCUCGUUCUGCUGAAUUAUCAUCUGAUUCUAUUGUUGAUUCUUCAUUUCAUAAAUGUUCAAAAAAUGGUUCUUAUCAACCUACUUAUUAUUUAAUUCGUGAUCAUACUACAAGAUCAAUCAUCUUGGCUUUACGUGGGACAAUGUCUGUUCAUGAUUUAAUUGUUGAUCUAACUUGUGAAUAUGAGGAUUUCCAACUUCCUGAAGAUAUUCAAC